GAGUCUUGGGAGGGAAAAAACAGAAUGGAUCAGAGAAAUUCUGUGUAACUUCUUUAUGAACUGUAUCAAAUGCUGGAUAUAAUCCCAUAUCAAAAGCUUAAAGGAGAUGGGUGAGUAUAGAGUUAUAGUCCCCUACCUGCAGGCAGCUUGCCUGAUAGAAGUGUGAGACAAGCAUUGGUCCUGUUUCCUCGGGGUUGGAUAUUCGCCCAUGAAAUAAACCAUGAAACAAAGCAAACUAGGAUAGUAUACUUGAAAAGACCAAGAAAUGAAGGUGUCAUGUUGGUGACUGUCUAUAGAAAGAUAAGUUUAGGUCCUACUGGGUCUGAGAUGGUUGGUAAUGGAAAUAGUAUCUACAGCUUCCUGUGGUGACCUCAAAGUAAAGAGGGAAGCCAACAGUGGGUAAGGGUGCUUACUUCACACAUAUGAGGGCUUGAACUUGAAUCCUCAGCAUCUGUGUAAAACACUCAACAUAACUAUGUAUUCCAGUAACCCUAGGGGAGUGGAAAUAGGCAAUCUCAGUGAAGCCCAGGCCAGCCAGCCUAACUGACACAGUGGCCUUUUGGAUCAGUGAGAGACCCUAUCAAGGCCAUAAUCUGGAAAAUGACAGAGGGAGGCAUCCAGUGUCCUGCUCUGGUUCUGUAAGCAUAUGCAACACUCAUAUGCACCACAAACAUACAUCAUGUAUAUGCCACAGCAACUUUGUUCACUACUAAGUGUGAAUAGCUCACUGGGUUUUAUUUUGUUCCUUGGAAAAUGUCAAGGGGCAGCUUAUUGGUUACUUCUGCAUUCUGUGACCACAGUACCCAACAUAAAUUAAGGAGAGGAGACAGACUUUAUUUUGAUUUAUGGUUUCUGUGGUGCAACAGAGAAUCAUAUAUCACAACAUUUUCCCUGAUUUUCUGCAUACUUUUCAAGAUACUCACAUUGACAGUAAGAUAAAAAAUCACUUGUUCUUUUAUGAGUUUGACAUCCAAAUGUAACACUGGAAUCUUAUAAUGUCAUUUAUUCACUAUAAAAGUAAAGCCUUUAAGAAAUAUCCAUAUUUAUUAGAAAGCUUCAUCAGUUGUUUGAGUCAAAUGAAGAGGGGAAUUUGUCAACACAUAAAAUAUAAAAUAGUGAGAUUGAGGCUUCAAAGCAAGCACACAAGUAUGUCAAUAUUCCAUAUUAUUGAUAUAUGUAUAUUUAUAAAAGAUGUGUAUAUGUGUGUUUAUAUAGAUAUAGCUCAUAUGCCUUUCACACAUACUUACUUGUUCUUAUUUUGUCCCAAGUGAGGAAUUUAUGGAACCUUAUUAUUCUUUUCUCUCUCAGUUAUCAUGAAAUAUAGACUCCCAAGUGAUUAUUUUAUGAAAGUGUUUUAUGUACAUUUGUGAAUUUGUGUAUACCCAGAGAGAGAGAAAGAGAGAGAGCAAGUAAGUGUACACACACUUAUCUUUAGUGCUAAUAUGAGCUUUAUAAUGAGAAUGAUAUAGGUAAAGGAUCAUAUAUUUCUAUCUGAGUUUGGAACAUAUGUGUUAUGUAUUUACAGUAUAUUUUGUAGUUUGUCUAAUAUUAUGAACAUAACGCUGAAAAGAUUUACAAUGAGUUGAUUUCUUUAUGGGGGCUAUAAUAUGGUUAUUGGAGCUGUAUCUUUGUAUAGUGAAAUUAGCAUUUCUAUGUCAACAUCCAGAUUGCUUGUCUGUUAAUAUGGUAGUAGGAAUCUCUAAUAAAAUAAUCUGGGGCAA